ACUAAGAGAGGAGAGCGAGAGACGAGGAAAGGAACAGAAAACCUGCAACACCUCAUCAGCUGUUUGUACUGCUUGUCAACUCUUCUUUUACCAUGGCUACAACAUCCCAGGACUUAGACUAAGGAGGAAACAAAGACACGAGUGUGAGAGAGAAAGAGAGAGGAGAGAGAAAAAGAAAAAAGCAAGAACCCUUCACUUCUAAGUCAAAAAGGAAGAGUGAGAGUGAAAGGAGAGAGAGGAAAGGUGGGCGAGAGGAGGAGUAGGCACCCUUUCCUGGAAGAAGUAAGCGUGCAAGGGGAAAAGGAGAGAGGAGGAAGGAGGGAGCGCACUCUACUGUGUGGACAUGGGGUUGUAUGCUGUUCUGUUGAUCUGUCUAUCCCAGGCACAGUUUGGGAGAAUUUGGGCGCAGGAGCGAACAGAUGAUACGUCACUGCGGAUAGAUGGGGGCUCGUCUGAGAUGGGCAGGAUCUACCGAGACCAGCAGCCCUCCCUCAAACAUGGUCAGAACCGAGCGGUACGCAACGCACUGGGGGGAGGACUGGACAUUGAUACCCUGCCCGACAACAUGACCCAUGUGGUGGAGGACUCUCAGAGGUACUACAGGUGGAGGAGUUACGGGCCAGGAGACAGACGGAUGGAGGAACUCUGGGUAGACCUAAAUGCUGUGCAACAGAGCAAAGUCAGAGUGCACGGCAUCCUGUCCAACACACACCGGCAGGCAGCGCGUGUGGCUCUCUCCUUUGACUUCCCCUUCUAUGGACACUACCUGAGACAAAUCACCAUAGCAACAGGAGGGUUCAUCUUCACGGGGGAGAUCACGCAUCGCAUGCUGACAGCCACACAGUACAGCCCCCUCAUGGCCAACUUUGACCCCAGUUUUUCAAAAAACUCAACAGUGCGGUACAUGGACAAUGGUGAGGUGUUUGUGGUGCAAUGGGACAAGGUGCGGCUUCAGGGGCGCGAGGCAGAGGGAACCUUCACCUUCCAGGCUGCUCUCCAUAACAAUGGAACAAUUGCAUUCAACUACAGAGAGGUUCCUUUGCCAGUAGAGAAGAUCAACUCCACUGAACACCCAGUGAAGGUGGGCCUGUCUGACGCGUUCAUGGCCCUCCUCCCCUCUCCACAGUCCUCAGAUGCAAGACGGCGGACCAUCUAUGAGUACCAUAGAGUAGAGAUUGACACCACUAAGAUCAACAAUCACUCUGCCUUUGAAUUCACACCAUUGCCCACAUGUCUCCAACACACCACCUGUGAACUCUGUCUCAUAUCCAACCUGACAAAUGGCUGUGGUUGGUGCAACACACUGCAAAGAUGCUCCGAUGGAAUUGAUCGUCACAGACAGGAGUGGCUCGACUACAACUGUCCUGAAGAGGCAAAAGAGGGCACUUGUGAGGACUACACUCAGGGUGGCCCUGAGGGUUCCAUGGGGUCCUUCAACCACUCAGCCCCAGAGCCCACGCCCUCCCCUGCAGUGCUCUCAGAUAUCCCCGUCACCGAGGACUUGCAAACGGGUCCUCCGCACCAGGAACGGACAGAGCACACUGCGAUUAUUGCAGGUGUGGUGGCAGCCCUCAUUUUGCUGGUAGCCUUGACCCUUUUGGCUGUCUACUAUAUCAACACACACCCCACUGUUGCUCCUCCAUUCUACCUCAUGCAGCGACACACCAAUAACUACUGGCCAUCUAUGAAGUUCCACAACCAGAGCUGUCACUCCACCUAUGCUGAGGUGGAGCUCGGGGGUCACGAUAAGGAGGGCUUCAUUGAGGCCGAACAGUGCUGCUAACUAGGCUGGACUUCCGGGGCAACGUUGGACAAGAGAGUGAGCGCCAUUUUGGGGAUUAAAAAAGGAACUAGAGGGGACAGAAAUGCAAAACGUCCCUUAUUCGUACUAUGGUGGACAAUGUGUAACUGCUUGUAGAGAACAGUACUUUGUCUGUUUUGUCUGUGUCUCUCGCUCUUCGCCUGUCUAAUACAUUCUUCCUCCUUCCCUUCCUUGAGGUAAGCACAAAUCUAACAUUAUUUGAUAGGUGAGCAAGAAGUCCACUACAUUGAUUUCACCAAUCAUAUCAUAUCAGAUCAGCGAUAACGUCAAGGAAGGAGGGCCUACAGUGCCUUCGGAAUGUAUUCAGACACUUUGGCUUUUUCCACAUUUUGUUACGUUACAGCCUGACUCUAAAAAUGGAUUUAAUUGUUUUUUCCCUCAUCAAUCUACACAAAGCAUAACAUAUUUUUUUUAGAACUGUUUUCUAAUUUAUCAAAAAUAAUCAACUGAAAUAUCACAUUGACAUAAGUAUGCAGACCCUUUACUCAGUACUUGGUUGAGGCACCUUUGGCAGCGAUUACAGCCGUGAGUCUUCUUGGGUAUUAAUCUACCAUCCUGGCACACCUACACUACCGGUCAAAAAUAAUAGUGAAGACAUCAAAACUAUGAAAUAGCACAUAUGGAAUCAUGUAGUACAUGUGGAAUUUUUUCCUUCUUAAUGUGUUUGAGACAAUCAGUUGUGCUGUGACAAGGUAGGGGGGGUAUACAGAAGACAGCCCAAUUUGGUAAAAGACCAAGUCCAUAUUAUGACAAGAACAGCUCAAAUCAGCGAUGAGAAACGACAGUCCAUCAUUACUUUAAGACAUGAAGGUCAGUCAAUCUGGAAAAUUUCACCAAAUUGGAAAGUUUCUUCAAGUGCAGUUGCAAACACCAUCAAGCGCUAUGAUGAAACUGGAUCUCAUGAGGACCGACACAGGAAUGGAAGACCCAGAAUUAACUCUGCUGCAGAGGAUAAAUUCAUUAGAGUUACCAGCCUCAGAAAUCGCAGCCCAAAUAAAUAUUUCAGAGUUCAAGUAACAGACACAUCUCAACAUCAACUGUUCAGAGGAGACAUGGUCGAAUUACAUGGUCGUGGUCGAAUUACUGCAAAGAAACCACUACUAAAGGACACCGAAGAGACUUGCUUGGGCCAAGAAACACGAGCAACCGGUGGCAAAUUGUCCUUUGGUCUGGAGUCCAAAUUGGAAUUUUUGGUUCCAACCGCCAUGGUUUUGUGAGACGCGGUGUAGGUGAACGGAUGAUCUCCGCAUGUGUAUUUUCCACCGUAAAGCAUGGAGGAGGUGGUGUUGGGGUGAUUUGCUGGUGACACUGUCUGUGAUUUAUUUAGAAUUCAAUGCACUAUUAACCAGCAUGGCUACCACAGCAUUCUGCAGCGAUAUGCCAUCCCAUCUGUUUUGGGCUUAGUGGGACUAUCAUUUGUUUUUCAACAAGAUAAUGACCCAACACACCUCCAGGCUGUGUAAGGGCUAUUUGACCAAGAAGGAGAGUGAUGGAGUGCUGCAUUCGAUGGCCUGGCCUGCACAAUCCCCCGACCUCAACCAAAUUGAGAUGGUUUGGGAUGAAUCGGACCACAGAGUGAAGGAAAAGCAGCCAACAAGUGCUCAGCAUAUGUGGGAACUCCUUCAGGACUGUUGGGAAAUCAUUCCAGGUGAGGCUGGUUGAGAGAAUGCCAAGAGUGUGCAAAGCUGUCAUCAAGGUUGGUUACUUUGAAGAAUCUCAAAUAUAAAAUAUAUUUUAAUUUGAUAACACUUUUUGGUUACUACAUGAUUCCAUAUGUGUUAUUUCAUAGUUUUGAUGUCUUCACUAUUAUUCUACAAUGUAGAAAAUAUUUUAAAAUAAAGAAAAACCCUUGAAUGAGUAGGUGUUCUUAAACUUUUGACCGGUAGUGUUUAUUGAGAUCCUCUCAAGCUCUGUCAGGUUGGAUGGGGAACAUUGCUGCACAGCUAUUUUCAGGUCUUUCCAGAGAUGUUCAAUCGAGUUCAACUCCGGGCUCAGACUGGGCCACUCAAGGACAUUCAGAGACUCCUGGGUUGCCUUGGCUGUGUGCUUAGGGUCAUUGUCCUGUUGGAAGGUGGUCCGUCGUCCCAGUUGGAGGUCCUGAGCUCUCUGAAGCAGGUUUUCAUCAAAGAUCUCUCUGUACUUUUCUCCGUUCAUCUUCCCCUCGAUCCUGACUAGUCUCCCAGUCCCUGCCACUGAAAAACAUCUCCACAGAAUGAUGCUGCCACCAACAUUCUACCCCGUAGGGAUGGUGCCAGGUUUCAUCCAAACUUGACGCUUGGCAUUCAGGCCAAAGAGUUCAGUCUUGGUUUCAUCAGGCCAGAGAAUCUUGUUUCUCAUGGUCUGAGAGUCUUUAGGUGCCUUUUGGCAAACUCCCUGCGGGCUGUCAUGUGUUUUUUACUCAGGAGUGGCUUCUGUCUGGCCACUCUACCAUAAAGGUCUGAUUGGUGGAGUGCUGCAAAGAUGGUUGUCCUUCUGAAAGAAUCUCCACAGAGGAACUCUUGAGCUUUGUCAGUGACCAACGGGUUCUUGGUCACCUCCCUGACCAAGGCCCUUCUCCACUGUGUUCUAGGCGAUCUUCAAUGCUGCAGAAAUGUUGUUGGUACCCUUCCCCAGAUCGUUGCCUCAAUACAAUCCUGUCUCAGAGCCCCCAAUCAAGUUGUAGAAACAUCUCAAGGAUGAUCAAUGGAAUCAGGAUGCAGCUGAGCUCAAUUUUGAGUCUCAUAGCAAAGGGUCUGAAUUCUUAAGUAAAUAAGGUAUUUCUGUUUUUGUUUUUGUUACAUUUGCAAACAUUUCUAAAUACGUUUUUUAUUUUUGUUAUUAUGGGGUAUUGUGUGUAGAUUGCUGAGGAAUCUUUAAAAAAUAUAUAUAUUUUAGAAUAAGGCUGUAACGUAGCAAAAUGUGGAAAAAGUCAAGGGGUCUGAAUACUUUCCGAAGGCACUGUAUGUAUAAUCAGAGAGGAUGGAUGUUGGAAAAACUCCAUCUGAGAGAAAAGAGCUGAAUACACAUUGCGUGUAAAGUCAGGGAAUGGUACAGACACACUAGCCUUCAUUACUGCAAACCAAUGUACAGUUCAACUUUAUAAUGGCUGUGUUUUAAUUCUGUUCUGUUUUGAGAAGAUAUCUUGUGUUUUCUAAAAUGUCUUGGUUGGUGAACAACCGUUGAGUUACAGUAUAUGUACAAUACUAUAGCCACAUGGACUUCAAUAUAACAGAUAUAUUUUAGUGAUUCUAAUGAUCCUUAUUGCCAUGAACCACUUUGGAAAAACCUGGUUACAUUGUUUUGUAGAAAUUUACUUUCAUUAAGUUUAGCAUAUGAAAAAAAACAUGUUUUGUUUGACAUCAGUACUGUUUGAAAAUGUUCCAAUAAAAACUUGUGGUUGGUUUUGAUAAAAUCCUUGAGUCGCUCAAAUAAAUUAGCAUUUUCAAGCACAUGGUCAGUCAUGACAUGGCCUAUACAGUUAUUCAAGGUUUUAGUACACAAUUAUAAGCCGAGGCCAGAGAGAAAUAGGCAAAGCGAGAGGUUUUACAAAAAAUAGGUCCACGAUAAUAAGCCCUGCAAAGUGAGGAUUUUUUAAAAUGGAGGUGAAUGACAACAUGUUGAAUUUGGGCUACAAAAUGUGUUAUUGCUAAUUUGCUACGUGAGACUUAUUUGAUCGAAUAUAUACGUUUCGUAAUGGUUAGGUUGUUCCAAUGCACUGAUAAAGAGUGCCGUGAAAGAGUAUUUGCUCACUUCCAAAUUUUCUCUAUUUUUGCGGGGGCUCUGAGGGCUCUAUUUUAAGGUGGCAAUAGUGUCAAAAGCACAUAAAAACUGGCACACAUGGCAUUUUACAACCCUAACGCCAAGUUCGGCAAUUUACCAGUCUAACAUCAAUACGAUUUUGCUCAGAUGCACAUGGAACAAGGUAUGCUUUUGGUGCCUGUAUACUUCAUAUUUAUAAACCUAUUAAAAACCAAGCAUCACUUCCCUCGUCUCUAUGAAGGCUGUUUUCCUUUCACCCUGCUCAAUGUAAUCAAGUAGACUAGUCAAGACCUUUGACAAAGUGUUUGGCUUGUGAGGCCGCUUGGAAAGAAAUCUUCAUCUUUAAUCUUAAGCUUUAUUCAAAUCUAAAGUUUGGGAGGAGCAAAACAGUGAGCUGACGUUGCCUUUUUAUCUAUGUAUUGUAGGCAGGCCUACAUUGUUUUUAGCCAUGCUUUGGACAUGCGUAAAACCCCCUCCGUGAUGUAGACUACGUGUCCAUACCUAUCACGAACCUCGGUGAAUACCGGCAAACCUCAUAUUUAGAAGUUAUUUCCUGUAACAGUAGUUUGUUUUUCUGUUAAAAGAAAAUCAACCCAAGCCCACGUAGGCUACCCUUACUUACCCUCGGCCUACUAUAACAAAAGCUGGUUCAACAGCAAUGCCUCGUGUCUUUUUUUUACCCUGCCGUUUUUAUGAUAUUAUUACAUUUGACAUGUAUUUAUUGUUGUUGACAAAAAACAGAUUGCUUGUUUUUUUGUUUAAUUUUAUUAAAACCAAACUUAUUAGAUUGUUUCACUGUCCUAGUUUUAUGGUAAGAAGUGUGAAUGUGAUCUGCAAGAUGGUUCCAAUAUGUACUGUAUACAAACAGAAAUAUAAACUCAACAUGUAAAGUUUUGGUCCCAUGUUUCAUGAGCUGAAAUAAAAGAUCCCAGAAA